UCGCUUUUACGCGGGAAGCGAACAAAAGGAGUGAUUAUACAUUUUUACGUAGUUCAGUUUCAGAGUUUACCUUUUCGCCGGAUAUCUAAAUUAAUAUCAAAAUCUUUUCGCAAUCUUAUAACUGACUUAGCUUUAAGAAGGAAGGAGUCGUUGGAUCCAUGUGCUUUCAGUGGAAAUUCCUCAUGUUGUGUUUGGGGUGAAAUGUAGGCUCUCUGUUGGGUCUCAGAAGUGCAUCAUUCUUGUUUCCCCGUGUUAAUUUAUCAUGGAGACUCCUCCGCAUCAGAAUUAUGAUGCCCUUCUCAAUGGUCGGCGAACUACGAGGAGUGCGUUAGCUGAAAUCCCUGCAAGAUUAGGAAUGUUAACUGUCGCUGAAAACCAUCACCAGACUACCCCCAUUGGACGUUACCACCACCCCCAUAAUAAUAACAACAACAACACGCACAACACAAUGAAUACUGCUCCUCAGCAGCUCCUGAUUGACAUCAACCUACCAUCAUCCUAUUUGUCACCCACACCGUCGCCAGAUGAAUUAGUAAUUCAACAACGAGGCCGGCGAAGGAUGCCAGUCCAAUGGAGCCCCGACGUUGACUCUCACAAAGCGGAGACCACCAAGACGACACCAGUAAAGCAGAGCCCAACGCGGCAAACAUCAAUUGUCCUCAGGAGCACUCCUCGCAAAAGGCUACUUUUAAACGAUCCAAUGGAAGUUUCUUUAUCACCAGACAAGCGUAAAAAGGAUUCUCCAUCAGCUAAAAAAUUCCGUUUAGAUAGACCAGCCACUCCACAAAUGCCAGAAGGAUCAAUUGGUAAUACUUUGAAGGGUCUUUCACCUGAACAACUCAUCGGCGUUAUCGAAACAUUGAUCCAGAAGCAUCCUACUCUAGAAUCUGAAGUGAGAGAAAUAUUACCAGUUCCAGACCUGAAACCAUUAGAAGAUAAACUAUCUUACCUAAAGAAAAACAUUUUUAAAUCACUACCCACCAACCGGCUCACAUCAAAAACAGAUUCACCUGCAUACAACCGAGCUGCCACACACGUAACCGCUUUCAAAAAAACUGUGGUGGAACAGGGUAGACAUCUUGUAGAGAGUCAGCACUGGGGCAGCGUGAUAGAUUAUGUCAUAAUAGCAUGGCACCAAACAAAAGCAACUCCUCUUUGGGAUAAUCCGCCCCAUAACACACCUCGCAGACAAUGCUUCAAGUCACUAGCACUACAGUGUAUGACGGCUAUAAAAUCUGCCAACUUUUCCCCUGAGCAGUGUGAUCUCAUCUAUGACAAGUUAAGUCCACUAGUAUCUGAUAGCGAAGACAUGCAGGCUUGUUUGAAGCAACUGGAAACUCAACGGCAGAAAUGGUAACGACCCGGAAAACCGCUGGCGGCAAGCGGGUGAACAAAUACCUCAUUACCGGUUUUUUAUUUUUAUUUAUUUUUUUUAAUUAUUAACGUUAAUUUAUUCAAAUUGAUUGAAAUAAGAUUUGUUGACUGAAUACAUAGGCUCAUCAAUUUGUUUUCUAAGACUGAUAGCAUCAUUUUCAGUGCUAUUCUAUUUUUAUUUAGAAUUUUAAUGUGGAUGUACUUGUAUUACAAAGCAAUCAAGUUUUCUGAGGAAGGAAGUUCGGUGGAUUACUGGCGCAGCUGUAAAUUCUCUUGCUGGCAAGGAGCUUGCCAGUAAUUGCCUGUGAGUGUGUGAAUUUCGGUACCAUGUAACUGAACCAUCUUAUUUUUACUGCAAAAUGCAUAAAAAUUCUGCGUAGUUAUGCAGUUCAGGUUCCAUCAGUGCAUCAAUAAUUAUCCUCUACACAUGUCAGCACCAAGGCAAGAUUUUGUUAAAUUCUCAUCAUUCGUGUCUCUCGUAAUGAGUUCACUUGAGUAGGUUGUCAUCUAUGCUUAAAUUUGCCUUUUAACUUCCAGUAACUUCUAAACACCUAAACCCUGUAACAAACAUGUAAAAUGUAUGAAACUAUGCCAAUGUCCUAUGACCUUGGAAUGUUACUGCUUUCUUCCAGUCUCAAUGAGUUAUGUACUAAUUUUUCUUGACCGUACGUUCAAAAUACGUAAGAUACUUUUACCCUUUUUUUCUCUUGAGCCUCUAUGUUUCACUCGCCAGGUAAUUAAAAUGCAAAAAUGUUUGGAGCAUCAUUUCCAAAAUUUUAUUAGAUAUUAAAGUGUGCAUCAUCAACAAGACUGAGACUAUCAUUCCAAAAAAAAAAAAAAAAAAGAAAAUACCAAAUAAAAAAGUGAAGCCCAGAGAGAAUGUUUGUCUCUACGUAGUAUCAAUUUCUUGACACCAGAAGAUUGCUAAUCUUAUAUGAUAGAAGCUAUUGGCCUAAUUUUUUUUUUAGCGCUUCGUUAUUAAUUCUUUUUAAUAUUACUCUUCUUAAGUUACUCAUUACUCAAAACCAACGUAACUCUGCACUUAAAGAGUGGGGAAAAUCUAGGUGUGGGUUCCCAAUCACACAAUUUUUGCUCUCAUUCUGUGUGAAAAAUAUUUUUGAAGUAAAACAACGGUAGAUGCUACCUUAUUCAACCUGAAUGUGUGCUGACUUGGCUCAAAAUUUUUUUACCCAGAGCCGUAAA